GACGAAUUAGAAAUAAACAAAAUGAAAAGUAGAUAGGAGUUAGAUAGACAAAAAUUCUCCCCAAGUAAAACCAAGGUAAUCAUACAAACUAUAGUUUAAUAGUACCAAUACUUGUCCCACCGACACGCGGAUUCAUCCAUCCACACUUGAAAUAAUCUCCACCGUCCGAUCUCAUCCGUACCAUCAUCCUCCUUAUCCUCCUCUUCCCCUUUCCAUCUCUCACUCUCUGUACUCUCGAAACACUCCCAAAUCAACCCAACCUUCCACUCCAAUCCAUUAUGGGCGGCGAGGCACCGACAUGGGCCACCCGCCGACUCAGCAACCAAACUCUGACCACCGCCGAUCACAUCCUCGAUUUCCAAACCAACGCACCCCCUGCCGCCCGAUCCCCCACCAUUUCAACGGCUCUGAUCGUCCUCUCCUGGUACCUCUCCAACAUCGGCGUUCUCCUUCUCAACAAGUACCUCCUCAGCUUCUAUGGCUUCCGUUUCCCCAUCUUCCUCACCAUGCUCCACAUGCUUUCUUGUACAUUCUACAGCUACCUCUCAAUCCUCUUCCUUAAAAUCGUGCCCACCCAGCGAAUCCAAUCUCGAACCCAGUUUCUCAAAAUUCUCGCCCUCAGCGCCAUUUUCUGCUUCUCCGUCGUCUGUGGCAACACUUCUCUCCGUUACCUACCGGUUUCCUUCAAUCAAGCCAUCGGCGCAACUACCCCUUUCUUCACUGCUAUUUUUGCCUUUCUGAUUACUUGUAAAAGGGAGCCUGCCGGGGUUUAUUUUGCGCUUUUGCCUGUGGUGUUUGGGAUCGUUUUAGCUAGUAACAGCGAGCCUCUGUUUCACUUUUUUGGGUUUUUGAUCUGUGUUGGUUCCACCGCCGGUCGGGCUUUGAAAUCGGUGGUUCAGGGGAUUCUGUUGACCGCUGAAGGGGAGAAGCUUCACUCGAUGAAUCUCUUGCGGUUUAUGGCGCCGAUGGCUGCGGGGAUUUUGCUUCCGGUUACGCUUUAUGUGGAAGGGAAUGUGGCGGCGGUCACGGCGGAGAAAGCGCGGGCGGAUCCUUUUAUUUUGUUUCUGUUGAUUGGGAAUGCGACGGUGGCGUAUUUGGUGAAUUUGACGAAUUUUUUAGUGACGAAACAUACGAGUGCUUUGACGUUGCAGGUGCUCGGAAAUGCGAAGGCGGCGGUGGCCGCCGUCGUGUCGAUUCUGAUAUUUAGGAAUCCGGUGACGGUGAUGGGGAUGGCCGGAUUUUCUGUUACGGUGAUGGGUGUAGUGAUUUACGGCGAGGCGAAGAAGAGAUCGAAGAAUACGACGGAUUAACGGCAAGAUUGUGUUAUUGUUUUUAAUUUAGUUAAUUGCUUUCUUUUUGGAAUUUAAUGGAUGGAAAAAAGGGGAAUUAAAGUUUUAUUUCAAUUAAUUUAUAUAGAAUUAAAAAUGAAAUUGUAUAGUGGAUGAAUUGAAUACUAUAGUGGCAUGAUUAUGGGUUAUGAGAAUUAAUUGGAUUUCUUUUUGGAGAGAA